AUGGCGACGUCCCGCCUCCGCAAGACCUUCGCCUACCCCGACUCGGACUCCGAGCCCUCAGACCUCGACGAAGAGCACCAAGAACAGCUAAUCAACACCCUGCAAGCCGAAGACCUCACCCGCACGACCCUCUACCGCAACCUCUUCUCCGCGAUCCCCGCCAUCGGCGCCCUCUUCUUCCUCUACACCCUGCUCUUCAGCUCCAGAAAUGCCCAAGAACGCUUGCUAGCUCUGUUGAGCGCGAGCAGUCUGUGCUGCACAGCAUAUAUCCUCCUUUACAUGCCGCUGGAAGCUUCACGGCGUAAGGGCAAGGUGGCGAUGUACAAAGUCGAAGCAGCGAGGGGACCGGUGGAAGCUUAUCUGGUGUACUUGAAUGCUGCCUUGGCUGGUCUGCUGUCGUUGGCCUGUGUGGUGAGCUUGAGGAAGGUGGAUUAUGAGGGCGCUUGGAGGCAGGCUUUACCUGCCGUCAUUCUGGGCUUGACAUUGUUUGUCAGGCAACAGCUUGCGCCUCUGGAUCUGGAGGAAUUGCAGAAGGCCAAGUAUGACUACAAGGGAGCAUGA